AUGAAACCACACUUGAAGCAAUGGAGACAACGAAUGCUUUGCGGGAUAUUCGCCUGGGGGCUCCUCUUCGUGGUGAUGUUCAUUUACUUCACCGACAGCAACCCAGCUGAGCCUGCGCCCAGCUCCUUCUCCUUCCUGGAGACCAGGAGGCUCCUGCCCAUGCAGGGGAAGCAGAGGGCCAUCAUGGGCGCCGUGCAGGAACCCUCCUUGCUCCAGAGCGUGGGUGCACACAAGGGCCUGCUGGACGGACGCCCGUCGGGCCCCUUCCACAGGGCGCCGGGCCACCUGCCGCAGUGGGCCCAGGUGCAGGAUGGGUUUGAAAGUGACGAAGAGUUCUUUUCAUCCCCGAUCGGGAGGAAAUCGCAAAGUGCUUUCUACCCGGAGGAGGACGACUACUUUUUUGCCGCGGGUCAGCCAGGGUUGCAGAGCCACACUCAGGGCACGCCGGGGCCCCUCUCCCCCGGGGACCAAGGCCGGUCGGAGGGGGCUGCACCAGCCCGCCAGGCGCAGAGAAGGCGGGCGGGGAAGAGGCAGCGGAAACCCGGCGGGAACCUGGUGCUGGAGGACGGCGACGACGGGGACAGGCUGUACUCGUCCAUGUCCAGGGCCUUCCUCCACCGGCUCUGGAAGGGAAACGUCUCGUCCAAGAUGCUCAACCCGCGGCUGCAGAAGGCCAUGCAGGACUACCUGAGCGCCAACAAGCACGGCGUGCGCUUCCGCGGGCGGCAGGCGGCGGAGCUGAGCCGCGCGGAGCUGCUGUGCGCUUUGCGGAGCCGGGUGCGGGUGCGCACGCUGGACGGCAAGGAGGCGCCCUUCUCGGCGCUCGGCUGGCAGAAGCUGGUCCCCGCGGUGCCGCUAAGCCAGCUGCACCCGCGCGGCCUCCGGAGCUGCGCCGUGGUCAUGUCGGCCGGCGCCAUCCUCAACUCCUCCCUGGGCGAGGAGAUAGAUUCUCAUGAUGCAGUUUUGAGAUUUAACUCUGCUCCUACACGCGGCUAUGAGAAAGAUGUUGGAAAUAAAACCACUGUGCGCAUCAUUAAUUCCCAGAUUCUGACCAACCCCAACCAUCACUUCAUUGACAGCUCAUUGUAUAAAGAUGUCAUUCUGGUGGCCUGGGACCCUGCUCCUUAUUCUGCAAAUCUUAAUCUGUGGUACAAGAAGCCAGAUUACAACCUGUUCACUCCAUAUGUUCAGCACCGUCAGAGAAACCCAAAUCAGCCAUUUUACAUUCUUCAUCCAAAAUUUAUAUGGCAGCUUUGGGACAUUAUCCAGGAGAACACCAAGGAGAAGAUUCAGCCCAACCCACCAUCUUCCGGCUUCAUUGGAAUCCUCAUCAUGAUGUCCCUGUGCAGGGAAGUGCACGUGUAUGAAUACAUCCCGUCCAUCCGGCAGACGGAGCUGUGCCACUACCACGAGCUGUACUACGACGCGGCGUGCACGCUCGGCGCCUACCAUCCGCUGCUCUACGAGAAGCUGCUGGUGCAGCGGCUGAACACCGGCGCCCUGGGCGACCUGCACCGCAAGGGGAAGGUGGUCCUGCCCGGGCUCCGGGCCGUGCGCUGCCCCGCGCCCAAGCCCGCCGGGCCGCCCUCCUGAAGAGAGGCUCUUGAGAAGCGAUGUGCAAUAAGGUACUACUGUUGUACUCUGAGUCACAGGAGCAUACUUGAAGAUCUCUUUUAGGCAAUGUAGUCUUCAGCCUUUAGACUGUAACUUAGCGGUGGCCCAAGAAUUCUUCUUUUUCUAAGCCAUUGAGUAUUUAUUGCUGCUUGGAAUACAGAAAUGGAAUUUAAAAAGAAAAAAUGCUCAAGAAAGAUGCAAAAAAAAA